AUGGCACCUGUAGGAACCUCUCUUCGGGCAGGGUUUUCACCACUCACAGGAUACUCUUCUGGUUUUGGACUUACGUGUUGCACGAUACUGGGUUUAAGGGAAGGACGGCCUGGAUGUAUCGCCUCCUUGAGUAUCUCCGACAUCAUUCAAAAGCCUGGUUCGGAGAUUGUUGGAAUGGGGAUUCUGGCCGGCGGUCUUGGCAGCGAAGGAUUUCUCCGCGAGUCUCCGCAUCUUUUCGUUUGGCUUGGAGAGGCAAUUGAGUUCUGGGAGAAAGUGGACGGUUUGCUGGCUCAUUCUGUGGUUUCUUCAUGGCUUGAGGGCCCUGACGUGUCCAAAGCGCCACACCGUAAUCCCGAGGACAAGACAGAGAGUCCGGCUGCCGAACCAGGGACCAGGGAAUUGUCUCCGCCUAUUAUUGCUAUUCCUAGCGGGGUGUGGAAUGUGAAGAAAGAUUGGCUUGAGACUGUUCGGACCGCUCCCGUCAAAUUGCAGCACAACAGGGAAGUGGCGCCUGGCCAAUCCCCGUGGGGGAGAAAGUUCAACUUCUUUGCCAAGCCCCUCCUCUCCUCGGGGUUGGAGAUUCGAUCAGAUGGUAAAUCCGAGGGACUCAAUUGUCCCUGGCUGUUAGGGAUGCUGCUAGGGCGUCAGUCUUCACAAGUCCCCAAGAACACGUACUAUUUGUUGAAGCUAGGAAUUACUCGGAAGACCGUAGACGAGGCGCUGGACAGCUUUGUCUUAACAGUCCAUGUCAUCGCAUCUUUAAAAGUUGGUGUUCUUCUAGUGCGCUUUGAGGGAAUCAGGCGGAUAGAGAUGCGUGAGAGUCCCUCGGUAUCCCGCAUCGCGCUGGGACCAUGUAUUCGGAAAAGGAUGCAAUACAGGCCCAGAUGUGUAAGCCCAUGUGCCGCCACAGCAGCCGAUGCAAUGACUGCCACACUGCGAACCGUCUCGAUGAGUCGCCCCCUUCCAUCCUGUUCAGGGAUGGAGAGACCGGCUCCCCCCGAGCCACCAGCAGCGUCCGCAAAGAUAAGAGCUGCGCUAGUAGCAGAGCCCACCAGUGACAUGGGACUAUUAUUGAGCUUGAGUCAUGUCCACGAUCGUGACUCGUGCAAGGGUCGGAAACAAGAUUCCUCCACAUUCAUUGCCAUCCGGGAGUACAAAAAGAAGGUAAUGGAUCCGACGAAGAUAGAGUAUGCUGAUAGAGAGGAGAUCUACCAGCUCCCGCCGAAGGACGGACGGGAAAGCAACAACCACGCAAUUACUGCUUACAACCUGACAGGCUGA